ACCAGCUCUGGCGGGACAUUCGAAGUGUCACAGUACAGUAGUAAAGUGAGUUUUUAAACAUAUUAAUAAAAACUACAAGAUGGAUUGUUUGGGAGUGGCACGUAUUUUACCCAAUUCACCUCGGAAAGUGAGGGGACAAAUACAGGUUGUUUUCGGACCGAUGUUUUCGGGAAAAAGCACUGAACUGAUGCGUCGCGUCAGACGCUUCCAGGUCGCGCAGUAUUCCUGUUUGCUCAUUAAAUACGCCAAAGACACGCGAUACUCACAGACGGGGAUGGCGACACACGACAUGAGCACAAUGGAGGCGGUGCCUGCGAACCGGCUGAGUGACGUCAAGAGUCUGGCGCAGCAGGCCUGCGUCAUCGGCAUCGACGAGGGCCAGUUUUUUCCAGACACAGUUGAGUUUUGUGAGGAGAUGGCCAACAUGGGCAAAACCAUCAUCGUAGCUGCUCUGGAUGGAACUUUCCAGAGGAAGCCGUUUGGUAACAUUCUGAAUCUGAUUCCAUUGGCUGAGAGUGUUGUCAAACUAAACGCCGUCUGCAUGGAGUGUUACAAAGAAGCCGCUUACACCAAGAGGCUUGGAUCAGAGAAAGAAGUGGAGGUGAUCGGAGGGGCUGAUAAGUAUCAGGCCGUGUGUCGAGGGUGUUACGGGGGUCUGGUGGGCGGGAAAGAGAAUCGUGAUCCUCUGAGAGAAGAGACGCCACCACAUCUGAACUCAAAACAGCUGGACCGAAGCGCUCCACGUAAACUCUUCUCUUCCCUGCAUCUCUGAUGAUCGUCUUGUGUUGUGAAGUAAAACGUCACUGUAUAGAUGGAAAUUAACUUUUCCUGUGUAUAUAAUCACAUCUAGUUUUGGUGGGUCUAGCAAAAUUGUUUGUUUUUAUCUUGUGAUGAUUGGAACACAAGUUUGUUUUUACUCUAGGUAUGUUUGUUUUAAAUGAUUUUAAUUUAAUUGUCUGACAAAAACAACCAGCGAAUGUUAUAAAACACUGCCAAAAAACACAUGUGAUGUGUUAUGAUUAAUGUACAGUUCAAUAAAAACAUUUACUUAAAUAUUCUUAA